AUAUCGUGUUGUUCCCACAUAAUCCUAAGCAAACAAGUUUAGUUAGUACGUAAACGCUCUUCGAUUCGAUCGUACGCUUUGUGAAUCACAAAAAUGCUUUCAAAAGUUUUAAUCAGUGUUUUAGUUCUACACAUCUGCAACGCAUAUAAUAAUGCAAAUCACAGCAGUGACUGUAUACUAGUACGUUCCUGUCCCGAAGCUAUAAGAUUCGCCGGAAAUGGUAAUGACAAGGAGAAAAAUAAAAAAUUGACUUCGUCUUUUUGCGGUAUCGAAAUUGUAGAUGGCAAGAAAUUACCAAAGAUACAUUGCUCACACUUUAGAACUACUGACGAUCGUUCUGCAUUUACUAACGAAAGUCCAGAUGAUGCGAUAGAGACACAUCCGAAUCUAAAACUUCUGCCGGAGAAAUGCGGUAAAAUUAACGGCGACCGUAUAAUAGGCGGGAAAGUAGCUGAUCUUUAUGAAUUUCCAUGGAUGGCACUAAUCUCUCACCGCACCCGAGGUGGUCCAGGUUCGAAAGACAGCCUUAAAUUUAAAUGUGGUGGCAGCAUCAUCAAUUCUAAGUAUAUUCUGACUGCGGCCCACUGCGUCGUAGGCAAAAAACUGGCUGGAGUCCGUAUCGGCGAACUUGAUAUCGAUUCAAAGGAAGACUGUCAAGGAGAAUACCCUGAUAUUGUCUGCGAAGGACAUUUACAGGACAUACUCAUUGAAGAGGUUAUUGCCCACGAAGGCUAUCAACGUUUGCCAGUUAAAGAUGAUAUCGCACUACUUCGGCUCAGGAAACCAAUCGAUUUUUCAUACAAAAAUGCCGCACCGAUAUGCUUGCCAGUAUCUCAAAGACUUCGAAAUGCCGUACUCGAUAGUAAGAUAGCUACGGUCGCCGGCUGGGGAAUAACCGAUAACGGCAGUGAAUCCCACGUCCUUCUCAAAGUUGACGUUCCUGUGUUUACAACCACUGCUUGUCGUGACCUUUAUAAUAAAAACAGCAACACUGAUACGACUAUCAACAAGAUUUGUGCCGGUGAGAUGAAGAAGGACUCGUGUAGUGGUGAUUCUGGUGGACCCCUCAUGGUGGAAGAUGAAAUUAAUGACGUAUACAGAAUCGUGCAAUAUGGUAUCGUUUCCUACGGGCCUUUACAAUGCGGUUCUUUAUUCCCGGGAGUAUAUACUAAUGUAUCAAGUUAUGUUAAAUGGAUAUUAGACAAUAUAAAACCCUAAAAAACUUCUUAAUUGUAGAUAGUGCGUCAAAUCAUAGAAAAAAGAAAUAGUUACAUCAAACAUUCGUGAACUUUUUAUUAUGCAAAAGAAUAAAAUGGUAAAAUGACGUA